AGUACUAUCACUACAUUGACUUUACCUAUUUAAAAAAACAAAAUUUAUUUGAAAAGAAAACAUUAUAGUGAAAACAUGAAUCCCAUUUCAAGCCUCGUCUUUGUGCUUCUUUUGACUGUCUUUCCAACCCAAAUUUUUUGCCAGAACUUGAUUGCGCAAGCUUGUGGUUACACUUCGUACAAGCCACUAUGCCUAAGCACUCUUCAAUCGGACUCUGAGGCCAAAUCAGCAAAAGAUCUCCUGACUAUAGCCAAAGUUGCACUAAAACAUGCAGGGACUAAAGCUCAAGCAGUAAAUGCGGAAGUCAAAAAACAGCAAGGUUCGGCAACGGACGAGGGCUUGAAGCAAGCCCUAUCUGAUUGCGCUGAGAACUAUGGAGAUGCAAUUGAUCAAAUUCAGUCCUCGACCAGUGCCUUGGGAUCUAAGAAAUAUAAUGAUGUUAAUACAUGGGUCUCAGCUGCCAUGAACGAUGCAGACUCGUGUAACCAAGGUUUCGAAGAUCAAUCCGUCAAGUCUCCAAUAACUUCUUCAAGUACCACAUUUAGUCAGCUAUGCAGCAAUGUGUUAGCCAUUACCAAUCACCUCUAAGCCUUGAUUCAAUGUUGGCAUAAAUAAAUUUUCCAACUAUCAAGUUGGUGCUCAUCUACUUCCGUGUUGUCCCAUGUGGAUUUUUUCUCAUGGAAUGAAAGUUUAUUUUUUAGUUAAAUAACCAUAUGGCUAAAUUUUAAUAGGGAAAUCUAAAGAACAACAUC